AUGCUCCUUAGCCACCUGACCACUCUCCUGAGCUUGUUCAGUGUGGCCUGGCUGCCUAUAGGCUCAGACCUGGCACUUGUACCCCAGGGCCCUCCACCUCAGCUCUGGGCUGCUGCCAAUAGAACUUGGGCUCUGAGCCGAGAGUCCCUGAGCCCCCAGGUGCCAGCCUCUGCCCUUGACAGCUGGAAAGCCUUCUUGAGCUUGCAGAAAAACAGGUGGCCAAAGACUGUGGCCACUGCCACCACUGUGACUCUGCCACUGGACCCUCAGGAAAUGGCCCGGGAAUCGUGCAAAGCCAGGCCCUUCACUCAGGUGCUCUCCCGUCCUGGCUGUACAACUGCCCGCCUCCACAACCAUCUCUGCUUUGGACACUGCUCCUCGCUCUAUAUCCCCAGCUCGGAUCCCUCUCCCAUCAUCCUCUGCAGCAGCUGCAUACCGACUCAAAAGCACUGGACGCCUGUGGUCCUAUGGUGUCAGACGGGCAGCUUAGCUUCCCGCCGGCAGGUGAAGAUGUUCACCAUGUUGAUUGAGGAGUGUCAGUGCAGGCCGAAGCUGACAGCCCGGCCGGGGCGCCACGGCAAACAAUGCCUCAUUCACGCGGCCCGCCGGCGCCAUGGCAACGCGCCCGCCCCGCCCUCCCCGCGCGCAGAACCGCGCGUGCCAGGAGAAUGCCAUGGUUACGUCAGGCGCGUGCCCGCCCCGCGCGCGCCACCGCCCCACGCGCUCUUUAAAGUGCUGCGCCAGCAGGGGGCGCCCAGACUGAGACGCUGCCUGGAAUCAGGAGGCGCAUCGUCCUCCUCCUAA